AUGGAAGAUCGUAAUGAAUCGGCCGUGAUGGGACAUCCUCCGUCAACGGUGUUUGUAGUAAUGGCCGGAAACCCUCGAGGUGAUCAUAAUCAACCAGUGGACCAACGUCGAGCUCAGGCUAACCGAUCGUCGGAUCAACGUCCAGCUCAGGCUAACCGAUCGUCGGAUCAACGUCCAGCUCAGCCUAACCGAUCGUCGGAUCAACGUCCAGCUAAGCCUAACCAACCCGACAAUUCAAACCGGUUGCCAACGUGGGUAAUGGUUGUAUUCACGGUAUCGAUGAUUAUCUUAGAACUUGUGGGCGUUGGUGCGCUGAUAAAUAGAGUUUUCUACGACUCGGACUCUGGACCACAUCCUCCAAAGUUCCGAGUUGACUCGGUUUCAGUCUCUCCAUCACAUGAUGCAACUGUGAGUGGGUGGAACAUGAGUUUCCAUGUUGGAAACCCUAACAAGGAUGAAUGGAUGUUCUACGAAGAAGUGGGAGCUUCGAUUUUCUACAAACAAGUUAAUAUAUCGUCCACUGCUAUUGCGCCUUUCUAUGUGUACGAGUUUGACUGUAGAUCCGUAGAGGUGACCGUGAAUACACCGCCACCGCCAUCAAUAACGUCGGUGACCAACGAUGGUGAUGGUGAUGUGAAUAUCACUAUGAUUAUAGAUGGUACUGUAAGGAGGAUAAAUAAGGGUGACAGUGGAGGAGGACAUAGGAAAAAGUUGAGCAUCACUUGUGAAGAUGUAAAGGUCGGAUUUUCUGGUAAUUCAACAGAAGGAAAAAUGUUGGGUGAGUCGAGGGAAUGCAAAGUGUAUUGUAAGUAG